CCGAUGAUACUGUAAGAGAGACCUAAGCAGACUAAGGGAAAGGGAAACUUAGUAACUAGGAGAAAGAGAGAGAGAGAGAGAGGCAGGAGACAGAAAUACAGAUUUUAGGGCUUUGCAAGAGAUAUUUCAGAAUAGAAAGCAGAAGAGAUUAAAAGAUUAAGAAAGAACAAGUGAGACAAAUACAUAUAUAUAUAUAUAUAUACAUACAUAUACAUACAUAUAAACAUAUAUAUAUAUAUAUAUAUAUAUAUACAUACAUACAGAAUACAUACAUACACUUAUACAUACAGACAUAUAUAUAUAUAUAUAUAUAUAUAUAUAUAUACAUCAGGUCAUCCCAUAAAUUCCGUCCGAUUUUACUUUUUCCAAAAUUGAAUGAAAUUUAAUAUAUAUAUAUAUAUAUACUCAGAUACAGAGACAGGUAAGGGGGAUAGAGAGAAAGAUGAAGGAAUAGAGAAAAGUAGACCAGACGUGAAUAAGAUAAGCAAAAACAAAGAGAGAUUAAGAGAAAUGGAAAGACAUUUGGCAAGAAUGGCAGAAGGGGGCAAAAAAUAACAGAUGAAACUAGGAGAGACUGAAACAAGUGAUUAGAAGAACUAAUAACAACAGUAAAACCAGGAGAGACCAAGAAGACCUUGGGAGACCAAAGCAAUCGAGAAGAGCCAGGAGAAACCAGGAGAAAAAAACAGCAAUGACCAAGAGUGAGCAAAGAGAACAGGAAAUGUGAGGAGAAACCAAAUGAGACCAAAGAAAUCAAGAAAGGCCAGGAAAGGCCAAAAGACACAGAAGUGACGAAGAAAGCAUAGGGAUGAUGAGGAGAGAAUAAAAGAAGGAACGAAAGAGAUUAUAAAAAGUAAAACAAGAUCAAAUAUACUGAAAGGGACUAAAAGAGAGAGAGAGAGUAAGAAAGAAAGAGAGACCAGUGGUAAGAGCAGAAGGAAACAUUCCAGAACCUCUGUGUUGUAUUUUGCUUUUAUGAGAUUCUUUGGCCCAAAAUCAGGAUGACUGGCUUUGAUAAGGACCUGCCAAACAAGCUCCGUCUUGAGGAGAAGAUCAAAUUACACCACCUUGAGCAACUGAUGCAACACUUCCAGUGCCAUAAACCAGAUGAUAUAAUAUUGCACAAGGACUGUGGUUAUUUCACAUCUUCCCAGGUGGAGAAACGUAAACCAGGAUGUAUGAAUCAGCAGGAAUUUAAUGAAGCAAUUGCUAAAGUUUUAGGAACUGAAGAAUACCGAGACUACAUUGGGAAACUAUUUACUAAGCUGGACACCUCCUGUGAUGGCUAUGUGGACUGGAAUGAGUUCUGUACCUACCUUCUCUUACUCUAUAGAGAAAACGACUACAUUCGCACAAAGAAAGAAAUACCAUUUCUUCAGGAGCCAAAGAUCAGACACGUAGUGCCAAACAGACAAGAACCUACCACCAAGAUAUUGGUAACCGACAGUCCGUGUAGAUAUAUUACAGUUAGCAAGGAAGGAGCCUUCAGUGUGUGGACGCCAAACAUGCAACUUGAUCGAUCCUAUGACAUAACAGCCAAUGACAAAGUGGAGUCAACUGGUACCAAAAGAAGGUUUAAGAAAUGGGUCACUGAUGCCAUCUACAUGAACAACUGCAACAAAAUUGUGGUGGGCACCAGCAGCAGGGAGCUAAGAUUUUAUGAUAUCUCCACCAGCCAUUUCUUUGAAGAGUUCCAUCUCUUUGGAAUGUCUGAUGUGCCAUAUUGUUUUGACUACUGGUUUGACAAAGCAAACUUAAACAGUGAAUCUCUAUUGGUGUGUGGUUUGGAUUCUGGAACUCUUGGAUUAUUCUACUUUAAAAAGCCAGUUACUCAGCUCUUUGAGACCCCUUUUAAAAAUGAACCCGGAGCUCUGAAGGUCUUCAUACAGGAUUUGAAAUCUCAACAUUCCAAGUGGGUGAGAUAUACCUGUCUACCUGCACUCCACUCCGAGAUGAUCCGACAGGUGAAAUAUCUGCCAGAGAAUGGUGCCAUCAUUUCAUCCAGCAGUUGCCCAAACAGUUCUCUGUUGAUAUCUGACAUCAACAGGUUCAAACAGACCUAUGUCUUCAAAUCCCCAAAGGGAGUUGAAUGUUUCGACUACAACAAAAGCAUAAACAUCCUUGUUAGUGGAAGCGCAAACCACAACGUCCAGUUAUGGAACCCUUACAUGACCAGUAAACCGAUUGCAAUCCUGCGGGGCCAUAAUACAGGAGUCAUUGCAGUGGCUCUACACAAGGCAUUGCUGCAAAUUUUCAGUCUUUCACGUGAUGCUGUCAUCAAAGUAUGGGACCUGAAAGAACACACUUGCUUACAAACAAUAGCUAUGAAGUUUCCCAGCAGCAUUCAUGGCCGUGUACCUGAACAUGGACAGUUCCCAAUGUGUCUUUUAACUUCUCCUAACCACAACUGCCUUCUGGUCACCUGCAAUGACUACAUAGGUCAGCUAAGCCUAGGAAAUACAACAAAGAGUCAGCUGACCACCCCGGUCACUCAUGAUACUCAGCUUUGCUGUGCACUUUACAACCAAUUCUUUAAACAGGUGGUAACUGGUUGUGAUUCAUCUACCAUUGCUGUCUGGGAUAUUGAAGCUGGAAGCAAGGCAAUUGUUUUUUCCAAUGCUCAUGGAAAUGAAGAAAUCACAUGCAUGAAGUUUGAUGCCACAUGGCGUCGCCUGUUGACUGGUGCCAGAAAUGGAACAAUAAAGGUAUGGAACUUCCAAAAUGGUCAUAACUUGCAUAAACUGGAACCAGUCGCAGAUGCUGAUGUCACUGGUCUUUUAGCCCUCAAUGACCGUAAAGUUAUUCUUGCUGUUGGCUGGAGUCGUUUGAUUACUUUGUAUGAUGAUUCAGAUCCAGACAAUAUGUAUGUAACAGCAGAUUUAUCAUGGAGAGGUGGCCAGUUACACAAAGAUGACAUCUCUGCUAUGGACCACUGUCCACCCAACCUGUUGGCAACAGCCAGUUUCGAUGGAAUUGUAUAUAUUUGGAAACUAGAGACGGAAAAACUCCUCAUGAAGAUAAUUCACCAAAAUGAUGGAAAUAACUUACUUAUCUCUAGUGUCUCUGGAAACUUCCAUUGGUGGAAUAUAGCGACAGAAUCUAUAGAAUUCGGCAGAUGUUUAAUGGCUGAAAAUAUUGGUGACUCAGUGGUUGGAAUGUGCACCAGUACAGAUGAUCAAAUUCUAGUGACAGCUGACUCUUCAGGCUUCAUCAAGGUUUUCGACAUACAAGAUUAUUGCAUGACUAGAAGCCAACAUAUGGUUACAGAGCCACCCAGGACACUUCAUAGCUGGAAAGGUCAUGAAGGUACUGUUGUAAGUGUGGAAUAUAUUAACCAUGAUGCAGGCAUAUUUAUUUUAAGUGCUUCUGUCGAUAAAACGGCAAAAUUAUGGACGAUUUGCGGGGAUUAUAUUGGAACAUUUGGCCAGUUGUUUUUAAGUACAUCGGCGACCAAAGAUGAAGCUAAACACGAUUUAGACACAACAAGCGACCAUUCCCUGGAAGUUUCACAGACUUCUCAGAACAAAGAUUUUGAUUUUCCGCCGUUUCAUUCUUCACCUUUUGCUGACCUUCAACAAUCAGAAUCUAUUAGAACAAGUACGGCAUUACCUGGACACCCAGAAAAUGACCAGAGUUCAGUUCCGGCUAAAACGAGACAGGACAGUGUAAAUAAUGGAAAUACAAAAGAUGUAAUUAUGAACAAUGGUUACAUGAGUAAAGAAACACUCCACGCUAUGUAUGUGAAGGAGAAAAACUUGACAUUCACGUGUGAACAGAACAAGGCUUUGCGGCCAUUUUUAGGAGCUAAGGUCCUGUGCGAUCUUCAGAGAAGGAGACAAGAUCGUUGUGACCGAAGACAACAAUAUGGUGACAUCAAUACGAAACAAAUGGCUCGUUUCGGCAAAAUCUGCACACCUUUCCAAGUGUUGUCAAUGCCUAGUAUAAUCUGA